AAUACGCGUGUAGACGCGACUUUUUUUAUUUAAUACAUUUGUAAAAAUGUCUGAAUUAGGGUUCCUGAAUUCUGAAUUCCAUUUUUCAUUUUGACUUUUCACUUUUGGGAAAAAAAUUAAAUGAAUGGAUUUGAGCUCCAACAAAAUGUGAGAAGAAGUGAAGGAGUCUGGAGAUUUUCUGAAUGUGCCAGGCUCCGGGGGGCCGUUUAGCCAGGCUAAGCUCCACACCCAGAUAUAAUGGUCAGCUGCCCACCCAUGCUGUCACUUUGUGCACCUUGGCAACUUUUUCACCAUACACACUCACUUUCAGAUGUCCCCCAUACCAUUUUGGGUGUGGACCUGCUGGUGGGAGACCUCAUUAGUUUGGGGGUGCCGUGCCGUGCCCUGCCUUGUACCCAAAACUUUAACCUGAAUGGUUCCCAACUGGGCAGUACGGUGGUGCAGCAGUCGCACUGCCCCCUUGGGUUCACAUCCGGGGUCUUUCCUGCGUGGAGUCUUCAUGGUGUCCUGUGGGUGGGUUGCCUUCUGGGUGCUCCAGUUUCCUCCCACAGGUUAGACGGACUGGUGAUGUUAAAUUGUCCCCUGAUGUCUGUCUGUCUGUGUGGCUGGUGUCCCAUCCAGGGAUUGUUCCUGCCCUGCUGAGUCUUGUGCCUGCUGAGUGAGGCUCCAGCUUCCCUGAAACACUGCCCUGAAUUAAGCAGAUUUAGGACAUGGAUGAUUCCUAAGUUUCAGAAUCUACAGGAUGAUGACUCCCAUAAUUGCACUGAAGCUUCUGCUAGGUGGGCAAGCAAUAACCUGUUUUCAUAAUCAGAAACUUUUUGGGUCCCCUUUGGAGAUUGGAGUAGCGGGAUUCAUUGACAGUCGACCGGACAUUUUUGAUGAUUGAUCAAAAAUCCAAAGUCUUACAUUAUUGUGUGCUUGGUUUCUGAAUUGAAGCCCCCUGACUCGCCCACACCCGUAAGCUGUUAUAGCGAUGCUACGCUGAGGAGUUUGUCAUUAGAUCAUUAAAAGCUGCAGUCUUCUCCCAACGAUUUCCAUUUUUUUUUAAAGAUAUUUACUGCACAUAUGGAGAAGGCGGCCAUUUAGUUCAGUUCGUCUGUUCUUUUUGUUUCCUUCUAAUUAAUUGCUAUUACACAAGCCCCUGCACUCCCAGCCCCCGUCUCAGAAUUUGCUAAACGAAUGGGGGGAUUUCAUGGAAAUGGGAGCGUCACUCCUUGUGGCUGACAGACGCAGUGUCGGUUUCCUGGGAAGUGCACUCCUCUCUGAUUUUUCAGCACGGCGUUCCUUGGUGAGUCACGGUGACGUUUUGUGUUCUGACUUUCUGACAGGGCAGUGUGGAAAAGCAACAAAAAAAAAGAUUACGCAUAAAAAAAAAAACAGAAAGGACGGGCUUAGUUACCAUGGUUCCGGGUACCGGGAACUGGGAACUGGCGUUUCAAAGCGUCAAUGGGGAACAGGAGUUGGGUGUGAGGCCGCCAAUGAACGCCGACGGGGCGGGGUCAUGCGCUGGAGUCGCCAAGGGGGUGCAGCGGGAGGCGCAGAUUGACGUGAUUCGGAGCCACAGAGAUGGAGGAGGAGGACUAAGGGAGGGGAACUCGCCCGCCCCCUUCCCCAUCUUCUUGAAAGACCAGUGGGCGUGGUUUCGCGCGGCUUCUUGUUCCGUGUGAAAACUUUGCCGGUUUCGGGUGCAAAGUUUGAAACCGUCUGCAAACAGCCGAGUCGAAUGCUUCGCUCGGCAGUUGAGGAUUUCGUCUUGUGCUCUUCUCCUCGCCUUGCCGGUAACAUGGUGAACGACAAGUGGAUGGCAAACCGCGGCGCUUCUGUCGUUGUAUGCGGAGAAUUGAUUUGAGCGAGAGAGCGACUGAAAGCAGUGGAUAUUGUCUCGAGGAUUUGACAAGGCGAGCGGCUGCAGCGCCUCGACGUCUUUCAAGGAACAAACGGGCGGCAGAAAACAAAUAAAAAAGGAAAUCUCAGUUGGCCACAGCACUUCGGAGCGGCUCUCGCUUGGUGGGAAACGACCGGUUGCCUCUUCUGCGAGUCAGGGAGCCCAGCGUCGACACAACCUGUGUACGUGCAAGCGAGACGGCGCCUGUGCCCGCCGAGAAGGGAGGGAAAGAUCGAGAUCCGGAGAGCGAGCCAUGGCUUGCGAGCCCAACGGAAUGCGGCUGCUCUGCAUGCUGACCCUGACGUUUGGCUUCUUCGUGGUCGAGGUGGUUGUCAGCCGGCUUACGGCCUCGCUGGCCAUGCUGUCCGACUCCUUCCACAUGCUGUCGGAUGUCAUCGCGCUGGUGGUGGCGCUGGUGGCGGUGCGCUUCGCCGAGAAGACCCAGUCCACCAGUAAGAACACGUUCGGCUGGAUUCGCGCCGAAGUGAUGGGCGCCCUGGUGAACGCCGUCUUCCUGACCGCCCUGUGCUUCACCAUCAUCCUGGAGGCCAUCGAGCGCUUCACGGAGCCGCACGAAAUCGAGAAACCGCUGGUGGUGAUUGGCGUGGGAGCCGCCGGGCUCCUCAUCAACCUUUUUGGCCUCUGCAUGUUCCACGGACACUCCCACGCAGGGGGGCACGGACACUCCCACGGAGGGGGGUCCGCUCACGGGGGCAAGAAGGGUAAGAAGAGCAAGUGCGAGAGGCCACCGGGGGGCACCUCGUCGACAGAAGAAACGAACAAUCUGGUGGGCUGCGGAAGCCCGAAUGGCGUGACAGCGGAGGGACCCGAGCGGAACGAUCUGCUGCAGCAGAACAGCUUGGAGAUCCAGGUCAACGGCAGCCUGCCUUACGAUGAGCUCGACCCUGGAGAAGAGUCGGCUUCCCAGCUCAAUAUGCGAGGGGUCUUCCUCCAUGUUCUCGGGGAUGCCUUGGGUUCAGUCAUCGUUGUGGUCAAUGCAAUCAUUUUUAAUUUCGUGUGGUCUCCUUGCGUGGCUGGUGUUCCUUGCAUCAACCCUUGUGUGGACAGCCACUGCACUGACCAUGAGCACGUCAACCACACUCUGGUGAGCCUAGACAACAGCACUAUGUCCUCCGCCGGGCCUUGCUGGGUUCUCUACUUGGACCCCACCCUUUGUGUUAUUAUGGUGUGCAUUUUGUUGUACACAACCUAUCCUCUGUUGAAGGAGUCGGCCCUCAUCCUGUUACAAACUGUCCCGAAGCAGAUUGACAUGCGUCGGCUGAAUGAAAAGUUGCGCAGUUUGGAUGGGGUGUUAGCUGUUCACGAACUUCAUAUUUGGCAGUUGGCGGGCAGCCGCAUCAUUGCUACAGCUCACAUCAAAUGCCACGAUCCCGCCUCAUACAUGGAUGUGGCGAAACGAAUCAAGGAUUUCUUCCACAAUGAAGGCAUCCAUGCCACAACGAUCCAGCCAGAGUUUGCCACCGUGAACUCAGAGUCACGCAUCUCCCUCUGUGAACUUUCCUGCAGGACACAGUGUGCCCCCAAACUUUGUUGUGGCAGUGGAGACAAACACGGAACUGAGAAAAAGAGCACUGAAAAAGUAGGGAGUGGUGGUCUUCCCCUGCCCUGCCUGGAGAUGAUCAGCGAGUCCCCUGAGCACCUCGCUCAAGAAAAUCAGCCCGAGGUGGAAGUCCAGAGAGCAGAAAAUGAGGUGGAAAUCGUCAUCCCGAGAGAAGUGGAGUCAUCCUUGUGAAGUGUAGUAGCGGGGUACCUGCUGGGACCAGAUGCUGCCCGAGACUGGCACUUGCUUUUCUUUUCAUCAGCAGAUGCGAUUGCGUCCCCCCUCCCUCUAUU